CCACACUUUACACAGACAGUUUCAUAGUACAGCUAGGACUGAUUCCACCUGGAUUACAUUCUUCAUGAGUGAUAGACUGGAUCAGGAUAGACCUGACCAGUCAUAGACUUGACCAGUCAGAUUUGACCAGUCAUAGAUUUGAUCAGUGAUACUUGACCAGGCACAUUGCAGAUGAAGGUCAUGACACGCACGGUUCUUCUACAAGUGCUGCUUUUUGUGACUUGUUUGAGAUUCUUGGUCCGUUGCGGAAGCAUUACCCUGGACACGUCAGCUAAUGACGUCUUCCUUGGACAUCCGGUCACCUUCACCUGUCGUGUCAGUGAUGCAGACAUGGGUUUGGUUACCUUCAUGAUGCAGGAAGGAGGGACGUAUGCAGUUGUCUGCCGGUUGAUGGCAACUACAGGGAACAUCGUGGGCACGCCCACCUACCCGUGUUCACGUGUUGAGGAACAACAACACGUGUUCUCUCUGACCAUCGGGAGUACUUCGCUGAAACACGGAACAGCAUGGAUGUGUCAGGCCGAGGGGAUGAAGAGCAGCAUAGUGCAUCUGGACAUACAAUAUAUCCAGUAUUUUGGUGUCACCUCUGGCAGCAGAAGCGUGACGGUGACGGAACACGACAACGUGACAAUGCAGUGCAACACCAACAGUUCUCCUGUUUCCACCAUAGAGAUCUUGGAUGAGACCUCCAGCCUAGGUAGUGGCACUAACAGCAGCACCGUGGAAGCGAGGAUCGAAGACGUUGACUGUCGUCACGCGGGUCCUUACACAUGUUCUGCAAGGAAUUUGAUCGGGCAAGCUGUGGAACGCAACAUAUCUUUACAAGUAAAAUGUUCCCCAAGACCAGAUGAAUCUACAGAAGGCGGACGAGUGUUCAGAUCCGCCCUCAACAGAUCCAUUACUCUGAGCCUUGCCGUCAUAGCGUUCCCGGAACCUACAUUCUCGUGGAACAAGACGUCAGGGGGACAGCCAUUGACCAACACCAAUGUCACAACAGAGGGUUUUCGUGCGACCGGAAGUGCAACCAUUUCUGAUGUUAAGGAAGAGGACUUCCAGAACUACACAGUGACCGUGGCAAACACGGAGGGGACCAGGAUGCUGAACGUAAUGCUGAUUCCUCUCUCUCAGCCAGACACACCAAGGAAUCUGCACGUGUCAUCCAUCACGCCUGGGUCCGUUACGUUAACGUGGGAGAAAGGUUAUAAUGGCGGUGCCAGACAAAGCUUCACGAUACAAUACCGACGAGAUGGCGGACACUGGACCACACAUAACACCAUGCUGAGCGAGGAUGACGACUUGCGACUGGAACUCGGAGAUCUUGAAGCUGAUACCAAGUACACGGUUCGCUUGCUUGCGUUCAACCAACAUGGAUCCAGCGACUACACGUCCAUCAGCGUGACAACGCCACCUCCUCAGCCAGACACACCAAGGAAUCUGCACGUGUCAUCCAUCACGCCUGGGUCCGUAACGUUAACGUGGGAGAAAGGUUCCAGUGGCGGUGCCAACCAAAACUUCACGAUACAAUACCGACGAGAUGGCGGACACUGGACCACACAUAAAACCAUACUGAGCGAGGAUGACGACUUGCGACUGGAACUCGGAGAUCUUGAAGCUGAUACCAAGUACACUGUUCGCUUGCUUGCGUUCAACCAACAUGGAUCAAGCGACUACACGUCCAUCAGCGUGACAACGCCACCUCAUGUUUCAGAUUCCUCGAGCACUGUAGUCGUGGCGAGGGGAACCACAUGUGCAGCUGUCGUCGUAUUCGUCAUCAUCACCACGCUUUAGUCAA